AUGUGGGGUGGUUUGUGCAUGUGGCAUUUUGGGCUUCUGAUUUUGGGGUUAGGAUGGGUGCAUGGACAAAGCCAGACCAACUUCACAAGGCCUAUAUUCCUGUGUGGUGGUCAUUUGGUGACAGACUCAGGGUUUGUGGCUAGUGAGGGUUUCCCCUCUCAUUACAAACCAAACUCCAAAUGCACCUGGUACAUCACAGUUCCUGAAGGUCAUGCUGUGAUGCUCCAGUUCAGGAUCUUUGAUCUAGAGGCGGAUCCCACCUGCCGCUACGACUACGUGGAUGUCUAUAAUGGACACUCGUACACAGUGCAGAAACUGGGCCGCUUCUGUGGGACGUUCCGACCCGGAGCCCUCAUCUCCACCUCCAACACCAUGAUGCUGGAGAUGGCGUCUGAUGGCAGCACAGGCGGAAGAGGAUUUCUGGCUUAUUUUAGUGGGGGGAAACCACAUGUUGAUGAGAAUCAGUUCUGUGGUGGCAGACUGACGAAGCCUCAAGGUUCACUGAAGACACCGAACUGGCCAGAAUCUGAUUACCCAGCAGGCAUCAGCUGCUCUUGGCACAUAUCUGUGGAGCCCAACAUGGUGAUUGAGGUUAAGUUUGAGAAGCUGGACUUGGAAUUAGACACAUACUGUCGUUAUGACUACGUGGUCCUGUUCAACGGGGGCGAGACCGACGACUCUCGACGUAUUGGCAAAUUCUGCGGAGACAUGGUUCCAGAUGCGGUUGUGACCAAUGGAAACGAGCUGCUGGUGCACUUUGUAUCAGAUCUGAGUGUGACAGCUGCAGGCUUUAUGGCUCACUACCGGAGUGUUCCCCGUGGCUCCCACACAGCCACUGCUACCCUGGACACAGUACACAGGCCAAGAGUCAACACUUCACCUACUAAACCCACAACUCCAUCAGCAAGACCUAAGCCUACACCAAAAGCUCCCUCAAGACCACCAUCCAGACCAACUCCUAAGCCAAGAUCAAAACCUACACCCAAGCCCAAACCUGUCAGACCUACUCCCCCAACAAGAUCUGGUAGAAGAAUCACACCAAAACCUGCUGUAAAAGUGCCAGCAAAACCUACAAAGAGGCCUGCACCUAAACCCACAGUUAGACCUCAACCGAAACCAACAAGAACUACAGCAAAGCCAAAAGUAAAGCCUGUUGUCAAACCAACAACAAAGCCAAAGACCAGUCCCAUCUCAAAACCUGGGAACAAAACAACAAAAGCAGCCUCAGUGGGCAACCCACUGUGUUCCCUACCAUGCAAGAGAAUAGGCACCCUCGUGACCCGCUUCUGCCCCAGUCAUUUUGAAUGA